AUGCAACGAUCAAUCAUCUUUAUUUGUGUUUUGAUUGCCAUUGCCAAUGCCACAGAGGUUAGUUGGGUAAAUAAUGCCAAUCAAUACAAUUUCUUCACACCAAAUAAUUGGAAUGUCAAUAGAACCCCUGUUCGUGACGAUAAUGUCAAUAUCUCACCAAACAAUGCUUACGUUUAUGUCAACGCUCCAUCUGCCAUCAAUUCUCUCACCUUUGAUUCCCCUGUUAAUGGUACUUUGGUUAUCACUGGUAGCGGUAAAAUCACCACCAACAACGCUGUUCUCAAUAACAGUGCCACCCUUUACAUUGACUCUUCAUUAAAGUCAGCUCCAGCUUUUCAAUCAAACUCCUCCACCACUUUGCUAUCUAAAUUACAAAUCAAGACUGGUUCCAUCGAUACUGGUUAUUUCAAUAUGAUGUCCGCUAAAGUUGAUUUAAUAAAUGGUAAUCAGAAAAUCAAUUCAAAUUAUAUUAAUGUUGUGAACAGUAAUAUUCGUCAAGUAUCUUCAAACAGUGAAAUCAAAUUUGCCACCAGAUUCUUAGGAUCCAAUUUGGAAUCUAUUAGUUCAAUUUUGAAUUCAAAUAACAAAGGAUUAGUUUCAACCGUCCACUCUUCAAAUCUCUCAUUUACCAGCUCAGCCUUCCAAACCGAUAAUUACAUGAUGUUUGAAAAUUCCAAAAUUAAUUUGGUUGCUUCUUCCAUGAGGUUCCGUAGUUUGAGUUUAAUCGACAGUGGUAUUUUCACAGCUGAAGCAUCCUCUGUUAGCUUUGACAAGCUCUUCCAUACUCAAAGUGACAACACCAUCACCUUUAAGAAGUUCUCAACACUCCAAAGUUCAACCGGUGCCGAUUUCGUUGCCACCUACAGAUCAUCGAUCUACUUGGAGAAUACCAUUCUCAUGAUGAACGGUAGAUUCGUUCUCAAAGACAGAUCCGUUUUGAGUUUCGGUGGUCUUGUUCUCCCAUUAACCCCAAUCAGAAUAGUACUCUCCGAUUACGCCAAAGUCCAAUACAAGGGAUUCUUUAAUAACCUCUUCCAUUCCAACAAUAUUCUUGCCGACCAAGCUGCCUCUGAAUCGUCAGAAGCCGUUCAAAAUAGAGAACUUUCAACUUUAACAUUCGAAUUAAAUGAUAACGCACAAUUCGAAUCUGAUCAAAACUUGAACAAUAUCAAUAUCAUUGGUGGAGAAAAGAGUUCAAUUACACUUUCAAAUCUUGUUUUAUCCAAUUCAUCAAUUGUAAGUUCCAAUGGACUGGUUAUCAAUUCCAAUGUUGUUUUGAAUGAAUCUACCAUUUCAAGUGAUGUUACAAACACUGGUUCCAUCUCUGGUAGUGGUGUUAUCUCUGGUAACCUCGAGAAUCAAGGUACUCUCGGUUCAUUCGAUACCGUCUCCAAGAUUGUUAUCGAAGGUUCAGUCAACUCUGCCGAUCCAAACAGUAAGAUUGCCAUCCUCGUCAAUUCCAACACUGACUACACUCAGAUCCAAGUCAGCCAAUCAUUGACUCUUGCCCAAGGUGUCGUUGUCGUCAAGGUUAGCUCAGCUGCCUUGUUGGAGAACAACGAAUUCCAAUUGAUCUCCUACGGUAGCGGUGAACAAGCAGUCACUGACAACAUCGUCGUCGAGUUUGAGAACAACCAACAAGUCAACUACACAUUGGUAACCGACGGUUCCUCUGUAUCGUUAAAGGUCAACAAAGCACACGAAGAGCCAGUCACCAAGAGUGUAUUGUUCAUCUCAUUGAUGUCAGUAGGUGCCGGUGUAGCUGCCAUCACUGCUUUGAUCGUCGGUGCUCUCAUCAUCAGAAACAAGAGAAUCAAGGCCAAGCAAGCCGAUAAAGGUGUCAAGCUCGAUGACAACAACAGUUCAAUUGAUAUCUCUCAAUAA